UAUUACGCACGCAAGUCACGGCACAUGUGAUCAACCAGUUGUCAAGCGACGUUCCAUCCGAUUCUAGAAGGCCUGUAAGGAGUCAAGACCACGUUACCUCGCAAUGUGACCAGUACGAGGCGAAGUCAGAACCAGCACGGUGUGUGAAAUCAGUCCGGAGCAGAGAGCACGAAUUGCAACUGUUCCCUCCAUAUAGAAAUGCUGCUGUAGGAAUCGGAGACAAAGCAGUUUUUGAUUGUAGCAUUGAUCCAAGAAAUGGUGGUACACCCGCUUGGAAAACUAAAACUGGAGGCAAUGUCCAAGUUACUAACCAGGAUUUCACAUCCAGACUUGAGUUUCUACAUUUUGCAGUGCACAAUGUUGGAACUUAUUUAUGUGAACUGGCAAAGGGUAACGAACAACAAGAACAACUUUACCUUUCAAUAGUAGGAGUUGAUGUACAUAAAUCCAGCAGCGUGUUUGAAUACGAGAUGGAAAGCGCCACACUUGAAUGCAAAAUAACUCCUAUCAAAAGUAUUAUUACAUCAGCAUUUGAGGGAUGGUAUUAUGAUCAAAACUCCACAGAAAUAAUGCUGAGUGGAGACAAUUUUAUCACUACUAAUGGGAAACUAGUCAUCAAAGACCCAAGGCGGAUUGAUUCAGGAAUCUAUUCAGCUAGAUUUAAUUUGAAUAAUGAAAACACCAAAAUAGUUUACAACUGUCAAGUCCCCCUUAAAGCCUCACCGCUGGUACUUAACUUACCCCGAUCUAUCAGCUACUUUAUGGACAACGAUGCAAAUAUAACCUGCAUGGUGUUGGGUUAUCCAAUGUCAACAGUGACUUGGACUUUUGAGGAUAGAGAGCUGCAACUGUCUAAUCGCUAUCUCCUGUCUGACAUUGGUGGGAACAAGAAUAACAGACUUACUAUUCUGAAAGUGAAAUAUUCAGAUAGAGGUACCUACAACUGUACAGCUUCGAAUGGAAUUGGCUUCACUUCUUCCAAGGUUAUCCUGCUUCGAGUUAGAGAUCCUUUUGAAUGGUUGUAUCCACUGGUAGGACUUAUCAUUGAGGUAGUUGUUGUUGGUAUCAUUGUGAUCAUUUGCGCUAGGAAAGAGAGACGUCGCCUGGAAGAAAUCACACCAAAGAAAAAGUAAACUUGACCUGCUAAGAAGCACAGAAGCCCCUAAGGGAAUGUUGUGAUAAGAAAAUAGUUACAGUCAAGUCAAUGACCUUUUUCUGAAAUCGUGAAAAGUGACAUAAAUUCAUAAAGAAUUGUUUUAUCUUCUUAGCUAAUCACUGUUAUUAAUCAUUUUAGCCAUAAUAUUUUAACUUAUUAACAUAACUUCUCUAAGCAAUGAUCUUAAAAAAGAUAUUUCAUUAUUACAUUCCUUAUUCUGUUUGGAGUCUGUUCUUUUUGUGUCUUAUUAUAGUUUUUUUUUUAUUAGAGUUGAAACUUUAUGCCCAUAGUAACAUUCUCAUACUGUUUGUCUUUGUUGCUCUCAUGUUUUCGUAAUAUACGACUUUAUAGGUUAUGAUGACUGCUGUUUGUUGGAUUUUUCAAUGCAAACCACAGAAACUCCCCCCUCCCUUUUCAUUUUGCAACGAAUUUUGCUAUGUGUGCAUGAAGAAAGUUCCAUUUUUAAGUGUGAAAGUUGGCAAAUGCACUACAACCUGCCACAAAAUAUAUGUUGCUAUAACAUUUUAUAUCUUUAAUAUAUGAUUUCUUUUGUUAUUUCAUAGUUUAGAAAUAAUAUAAAAUAUUUUUGGCUAAUGAAUUUAAACAUAAAUUUGUAUUGUAUGCCAAAAGUACUAAAAAUUAGUUCUUAUGUCAUAUUUCACAAUGAAUGAAUGAAUAUAAUUUACUAUGAUAAAUUAAAGUCUUUUUGAAAAAUAUUAUUAGCCGGAUUAAUAUUUCUUGCUGUGAAAAUUCAAAAAAAAAAAGAAAAAGACUGAAUUUUGUCUUUGAACUUUGUUCAAAAUUUUGCAAAAGAAGUGAGUCAAAACCUUCCCCCUCUUAAUGCCAGUUAAGUAAUGAGCCAUUCUCUUAACGCCUGUUCUAUUAUAAACUUAAAGAUAGAAGCACUUAACAUUGGCUGCAUGCAUGAUUGUAAACUAGUAAAACACCACAUGUCAGGCAUCAAACCAGUGAACUCUGAUCUUAUCUCAUAAGCAGAUACCGACUACGUCCAGUGUUUUAUGACAUUGAUCUCGUAUCAUCAGUGAAACCUUGUCCCUAACCCUAAAUGUGGUAGCUAACAGUUUUCAUAUUGUUGUGAAUGUUUUCAAUUCUGCAUCCCUUGUAUCUCUACAAACACUUUUUGUAGACUUAUUUUUUUUUCUCUGUUUACUAUAAUAAUUAGGCUUGUCUUCGAGUCCGGAGAUAAUGAGGAAUGCAGUAUUUCCCAUGGCUACGCAGCCCCAGCUAUGACCUACCUAUUUUGCCACAUCCAGGGCAAGCAUAAAACUAUUGUCCGCCGGUGGUCGGUUAAGAUUUUCUUUUCACCGUCUGCGUCUGUCUUCGGCAGCGGAUUUUAUUUUGGUCUCAUAUGUUAUCCCGCAGCCUUUGUGAGUGACUUCCAGCUGUCUCGUUCUAAAGCCGCAUACAACCAGGUGUUCUCUUCUAUGUCAGCUAAGGCAAGCUGGCACCUAAGCUGGUCUUUGAAGCGUUUCCUUGGGGUACCUCUGAUACGUCAACCACCAUUUGGCUCACCAAACAAGCUGCAUUUGGCAUACGUUUACUAUAGACCAACAAAAAAAAUAACAUAAUAUUGCAUUGGAUUUACUUUCUAGACAUGUUUUAGAGGCAACUUAUUACCCUUGGUUCUUUUUUUUUAUUUUAUUUUUUUUUUUUUAUUUGUUUGCAUAUGAUAUAAAGAUAUUGUUCACAAUUCACAAAAGUGAUGUGUAUUUUUUUGUUUGGUUUAAUUUAAGUAUAAGGAAACAUACAUUUUGUUUCAAUUUUAUUACUGGGUAGACAUAAUUUUAAAUGUGUGUAAUGUAUCUAUAAGAUAAUGCUUGGGGAGAAACAAGAAAACUCAGAUAAAUGUGAUAUAACCUGUGCUGGAUAUUUGUUGAAGAUAAUUUUAAAAUAAUAAAAAAGAGAUGUCAUUUGGAUAUAUAUAUUACA